AUGUUUUCUUCGUUGUUUUGCAAAGAUAUUGAGAAUGGCGAGCCAGAGGAAGGCUUUGACUCGCCUCUUCUUGCAGUUGUAUCUAAUGGCGCCAAUAUAGUACCACAUAGCAAUGUCGUAAGAAGACAUAAACUACCAAAGCUACACGCGGUAAUACCUUCCAAUGCUACCACACCCGAACCAACCCCAUUACCGCUGACUCCUGGAACGUGUCCAACCAAUAGACGAAAUGACCGCCGCCUUCGGAGACUAAACACGGAUCUUCUGGAAGCGAUUGAGUCUUAUAACGUAGAAGAUGUAGAAAAGUUACUAGAAGAAGGGGCGAAUCCUAACGUCACAUGCCGCCUCGAUAAUGUGUCUGCUUGUCACCUGGCAGCUUUGACUGGAGGCGAUGCUUUAAACCUUUUACUUAAGUUUGGUGCUGACAAAAACCGUCUCGAUAAGUAUGGAAGGACGCCCUUACAUCUCGCAGCCUAUGCAGGAAAUGCAAGGCAGUUGGCAAUUCUCUUGGAUUUUCCUGAAGAUAUGCAAAACCGCGUGGACACAGAUGAUAUGUCACCAGAGGCAGAAGAGGACGUCAAAAGAAUGUGUCCGAUUACGAAGACUAUGGUUAAUGUGAGGUGUGACGUGGAAGAAGUUAAUACAGUUCUUCCGAAGAGUUGGAUGGAUGAUAUCGACCACAACUGUAUGAGUAUUAAGGGCAGCUUACCACUACUCCAACCCGGCUGGACGCCUCUACACGUUGCGGUGUCUUGCGCAAGACGUCGUUGUACAAGACUACUUCUAGCUGCCGGGGCUAAUCCUAAUAUUUCCGACGUCCUUGGACGAACUACAUUGGAUGUUGUGGGUUCAGCACACCCUCAUAAUGAAGAUAUCAUCUCUGAAAACUUUACAGAGGUCAUUAAAAUGCUCAUAAAAGCCGGUGGAAGACACAACUCAAUGAGAUCAGAUGGCAUAAAUGAUAUAGACACACCCCUCCAUACAGCUGUAGAAUUAUCAAAUAUUGACAGUAUCAAACAACUUCUGGAUAUUGGUGUAUCUGUGGGUUGUUUAAAUACGGCGGGUCAAACACCACUCCAUCUUUGUGUUAAGAAGCAAUUGGAGCAGGCAUUACAGGUCUUAGCCAAUUACCCAUACAAGGAUGUAGAUCUUCUGUCAGCCAUGGUUGACGUGAAAGACAGAGAUGGUCACACGGUGCUACAAGUCGCUGUAGAGGACUCAUGGGUAGCUGGUGUAUGUGUAGCCCUUGAAGCAGGUGCAGACGUUACUUUGAAGGCAAAUGAUGGCGAAACACCGAUUCAUUCAGCGGCAGCUUUAGGUAACAUAGACGUGCUCAUAGAAGUUUUGAGUGUAGCCAAACAACAAGGCAUUCUCGACAGCCAAAAUGACAAAGGCGAAACAGCUUUAUUCCAGUCGAUCAUAAACGGUCACCAUGAAUGUGUAAAAACUCUUUUAGAAGAGGGGGCUUCCAUUAACAUCACAUUACCAGGCAACGUUAACGUUUUCCACGCUGCUGCUGAACAGGGACACGUAGAUAUUAUAAAAACUUUAUUAGAACAAGAACCUUUUGAAGAAUUAUUAAAAAUGAUAAAUUCCCUUACUACUGCUGAAAAAAAAGGUUUUGGUCCCAUUCAUUUUGCUGUUUUAAGAAAUAGCAUAGACUGUGUAGAAUUGUUUUUGUUAAAUGGAGCCGAUGUUAAACUGAGGACUACCAAUAGCCCAUAUCACUCCUCGACGCCAUUACAUUUGGCUGCUGAAAAUAACUUUUUGGUUGUCGCCCAGUUGAUAAUAAAGUUCGAUAAUACGACUUUAGACGAUUUCAAUGAUAAAGGCUGGUAUCCACUUCACACUGCUAGUUAUUUUGGAAGUAGAGAUGUAAUUCUUUUACUUCUACAACACGGGGCAGAUUUAUCUAGACACACAGAAAGUGCAAGAAAACCUAAACGAACAGCAAUAGAAAUAAUUGUUAAUAACUUAUCUAAACCUACAGAAUUCUUGGACGACAUUUUUGACUCCUAUAUCAUUUGCACCUGCCAAAACUUGGAAGAUGCAAAUUGUGAAAUAACCGUUGACUACAGAAUAUUAAUGCCAACAGCUUGUGAAAUAGAUCAAAUGAAAGUAGUGGAAGCUCUUCUAAAAACUGGUAACAGAUAUGGGCAAAAAAGGCUAUUGGUGCAUCCGCUUGUCGAAAGUUUUCUUUACUUAAAAUGGAAAGCGUUAUUACCAUUUUUCUACACCAUAAUAGCUGUGUAUGCACUUUUUGUAUCAUCGGUAACCAUUUUCACAAUUUCUGUCUUCUUUUAUAAAGACACAAAUGAAACUCCUCCAGCUUGCCUUGGACCGUCUAUUUGGAGCUAUUUUAUUUAUGCUACAGUCUGUUUGAUUAUACUCCAAGAAAUAUUAUAUAUGAAUGUUAAAAGUACAAGAUACUUAUUCCAUAUGGAAACUUGGAUAAAGUUUGGAUCAGUUGUUUUUGCUAUCAUCCUUCCCACCUCGGUGACGAUGUCUGCGGACAUUGAAUGGCCAAGACAUAUAGCUACUUUAGCACUUAUUUUAUCCUGGAUAGAACUCAUGUUUCUGCUUUCACGGUUUCCCAAUUGGGGUUACUAUGUCCUUAUGUUUGGAAAAGUGGCUUCUAAUGUUGUUAAAAUACUUUUGACUUUCGCGUUUUUGGUAAUUGGAUUUUCACUUAGUUUCAUGAUACAGUUCCACUCAAAAAUUCCAUUCGAGAGUCCGUGGGCUUCAUUUGUUAAAACGAUGGUGAUGAUGACAUCUGAGUUUGACUAUGAAGCUUUAUUUGAUCAAGAGCACACUCGAGAACUAGCAACUUCAAUAGUCAUAAUCCGGUUGAUUUUCUUAAUAUUUCUAAUAUUAGCGGCCAUAGUUUUAAUGAACCUCAUGGUCGGGGUUGCUGUUAGCGAUAUAAAUGAUUUAGAAAUACUAGGAAAUAUCGAUAGACUGGCGAAACGCGUAGAGUUCCUUUCAACAUUAGACAACUUAGUUUACAAUCGAUUUUUUAAUUCAAUUUUACCAAGGAAAAUAAAUGACCAUAUCAAAAAUAUAAGAAAGGUAAUUAAAAAAAUAACUCUUUGUCCUGGUAAGCCAAGAUGGAAAUAUUACAAGCUGCUUCCUACGUAUAUAAGAGAUGCUAUUUUAACCAUAGCACAAGAACAAAAGGACAUGAAAGAAGGAGAAAUUGAUAUGAAGCAGUUUAGAAUGAAAAUUGAUGAAAUGCAUGGGGCUAUGGUAAAAAUAGAAAAUUUACAAGAACAUAAAUUGAAUUUGGCUAAUCUGGAGAAAACAUUGAUACAAAAGUUUAGGCUAGAAGAUAUUCAAAAACGCUUCACUGACAUUGAUAAUGGUAUCGUGCAAGUAAAAGAGCAAAUUACUGAAAAUAACGAAGAGAAAAGGUGCCUAAUUGAAAAACUAAAUGUUAAAGUCGAUCAAUUAUCUGUAGAUAUGGAAUCAAUUAAAGAGGUAUUAGCCCGAUUAGAAAGGAAAUUGGGAAGUUUAUAG